CGGGGGCAGACCCCUCCUCGAUGUGCAAGCCAGUUUGAUUCUUAUAAUCAGAAAUUUUCAUUGCUCAAACCUACAGACUAAUUUACUCUUCCGAGUUCAUCUUCUUGCUGGUGUAUCUUUUUUUCAAUUCACAGUGAAUCUGCAAAGCUACGCCUCUUCUUCUUGGUUAAUUUCCACGUACAUAAUCGGAAAUGGAAGAUAAAUAUGAGAAUGAUAAAGUAGACGAAGUGAUGCUGCCAGGUUUCAGAUUUCAUCCAACCGAUGAGGAGUUAGUAGGGUUUUAUCUCAGAAGGAAAGUUCAGCAGAAACCCCUCUCCGUUGAGCUCAUCAAGCAGCUCGAUAUCUACAAAUACGAUCCAUGGGAUCUUCCAAAAUUGGCAACAACUGGAGAGAAAGAAUGGUAUUUCUACUGCCCUAGGGAUAGAAAGUAUAGAAACAGUGCGAGGCCAAACCGAGUGACCGGAGCCGGAUUUUGGAAAGCCACCGGCACCGACAGGCCUAUCUACUCCUCGGAGGGUUCGAAGUGCAUUGGCUUGAAGAAAUCCCUUGUUUUCUACAAAGGCAAGGCUGCUAAGGGACUCAAAACAGACUGGAUGAUGCAUGAGUUUAGGCUGCCAUCGAUGUCCGACUCAGUUAAUCCUAAGAAAUUCUUGGACAAGAUCAUCCCUGCUAAUGAGGCUUGGGCGAUAUGUAGGAUUUUCAAGAAAGCUAGCUCAACUACACAAAGGGCUGUGUCUCAAUCUUGGAUUUCACCUGCAAUAUUUGACACUCCUACAUCUGAUAUAAUGAAUCUCCCUCCUGUCAACAGUAUUCACUUGAGUUCCAGCAACAUUACAAUGGCAAAUCUCCAAUUUGAUUUUUGCAAUGGUGUGGAACAGCAAUCUUCCAUGGCUAGUUUUAGUCCCCUUAGCUUUCCUCUCAACAAACCAGUUCAUCACAUGGAGAGUAAGCUAAGCCAAGUGUCCGAAUCAGCUCCAAAAUACGGCACCAGCGAUGCUUCUUCGGUGUUGCUAGACAUGUCGAAUUCCAUAUUCGAAGAUUAUAAUGGAAAGGGCUGCUCAGAGGACGAAGAUCCCAGUACACUCCACCAGCAAUGUAAUGGAUUGAUCUCAACAAUAGUGACUGGGAAUGUGCAAGUAGAGAUUCCUCCAGGAAACGUCGCACAAUUCAACGAACCAUGGGGAUCGAUAAGGCCUGUGGGAUAUACUUACAAUACUCCAUUGAUGAGCUUACCAGAAGCAUGGAAGACAGGUUUUCUGUGGGACUCUUCUCCUUGUCCUAGUGAAUUGUCCACUAAUUAUACUUCUAACAAAUGAUAUAAAUAGAAAAAGGUAGGCACAGUGAGUUUAAUUCUGUACUCAGGUUUUAGUUGUUCUAUUUUUUCUUCUUUUUUUUUUUCUUACACUGCUCUAAGUUUGGUGAGAACAGUGAUAAAAAAAUCCA